CUGCUAAUGAUACAAGCUUCUGGUGGGGGGGGGGUGAAAAUAUUCUGGAAUUAGAAGGUGGUUGUGGAUGCACAAUUAUGUGAAUACUCAAUUGUACACUGUAAAACAGUGAUUUAAAAAUUUUUUUGGUACUGGGAGUUGAACCCAGGGUCUUUGCUCUGAGCUACAUCCCUAUCCCUUUAUUAUUUUGAGAUUGGGUCUCCCUAAAUCGUUGAGUUGCUAGGUUGGGCUCAAUUUGCAGUCCUCCUACCUCAGACUCCCAGAGUGCUGGGAUUGGUGGCAUGUGCAUGCCUGGCUACACCCAGUUUUUAAUUGAGCUCGUGGAAUAAAGCCUAUAAAGGCCCUCAUGACUUGGUCUCUGCCUACCUCUCCUAAAUAAAACAAAUAUAUAGUCUAUGGGAUGGUAAUAAGGGCUAUAGAGGAAUAGGAAAAACAAUGGAGAGCAGGAAAAGAUACAGUGCUAGUGGCAGGGAGUGUUAUUUAAUAUAUGUGCUGGUGAACGAGCACGAGGGAGUUUCAUCUAAAUUUAAAUCCUCGGAAAGGCCACCCUACCCAGGUGACAAGUCAGAGCCCUGAAAGAAGGUAAAGGAAUGAACAAUACAGUGUUUUAUUAGUAGUUUGUUCACUUCAGCCAAAUUAGCCAUUUCUCUGAACUAUAAUUUUCCUUCUCCCCGCUAGAUUUUAACAAAAUACUACAAUUUUCUUCUACACCGAACUAUAAUUUUCCUUCACCCCUUCUAGAUCUUAACAAAAUACAAUAUUCUUCCAUCUGAAACCCCCACCCCGCAAGCCCAUUUUCCCAUUCUUCUACUGGUUAUCCCCUCCUGCAGUUUGGAACAUUUGUAGGGUCAAGAGAUGAUCCAUAAAAAUAAAAAAAAAGAGAUGAUUCAUAUCAUUCAGGGAGCAGCAUAGAGGCUUACUUCCUCAGGGGGAGCCUUCCCUCCCUUUAUUUCCUUUCAGUAUAGUAACUUCCAGUACUUAACUUCAACUGAAAUGGUUUGGGCUAUGUGUCAUUUUUAACGUCUGAUCAUCUCCAGACCAGCGCUGGGAGGAGAGGGCCCUGACGCAUCCCUAGAACCCAGCAGCACCACGUCUGGCACAUAAAUAAGGAAGGUGGGAGUCAAUCAUUUUGACAAGUCUCCUGAAAGGAACAGCUAGCAGGAGCUGAAACCUUUUCCAUCUGGUCUCGUGGCAAAGGCAGAGAUCGCUCUAGCAGCUUCACACAAUAUGAUGUGCUCACUGAUGCCCUCUGAGCAGUCUCCCGGUGCCUCUUUUUUACCCAAAAACAAUGCCCCAUUUUCUUGGAGCUCCUUGGAUGAGGAUGAAUUGGAUGACUCUUUGCUGGAGCUCUCUGAUGGAGAAGAAGAUGAUGGCCAUUUCAGUCUCACUGAGGAAGAGAUCGAGGAGCUUCUGAAAGAUGAUAGCUCAUCAAAUGAGGAAGAGAUUGAAGAAUUCUUGAAGGAUGAUGAGCCAUCAAAUGAGCAUGCAAAUGGAGAAAAAAGGAGUCAAAUUCUACUUGAAACUCCCCAAGAAAAAAGUUCAUUGUACAGCUUGAAACCAGUAGCCGAGACCCCUGGCCUCUUCAAACUACCUCAACUAAAUACAACAGUUGGUCAUGAACCAAUUCCUGCUAAAUCAUUAAAUAGGCACCUUGUACUAGAAAAGAAUCAUAUAAAAGUGACUGUUGUUGCACCAUUUGAUCCAACAGUUUGUGAUCCUGUGCUUGAUAAGAGUAAGACUGAUUCAUCCAAAGAUACUGAAAAACUCUCUUCCCUUGGAGAAGAGAUGAGAGAAUAUGAUCUUACCCCAAAUGAGAGCAAAGUUCACACUGAAUCUGAAGAGAUCAGCCCUAACAUUUCUGCCUGGGAUGGGAUCUCUUCUCCUUUGAACAGUAACUUUCAACAAACUGUCUCUGUUAAAAAUACGCUUGACAGUAAGAAACCUACACCUGUGUUCUCUCAGAUCUCAGAUCAUUCAAAGACUCCUUCCAGUACAAGUUCAUCCUGGAAAAAUAGUGGAUCGCAUAAACUAAGUUGUGAAAUGAGGUCUCCAGUUGUUUCCAGUUCAUCAAAGAGAGAUGCUUUUGACAAGGAUUCUGGGGAAAUGAAAGGCCGCGAGAAAAGAACAGGCAAAGUCAUUCCUGUUCUACAAACCAAAAUCAGGACUAAUGUUUCGACAUUUUCACAAUCAGAUCUAGAACAGCAGAAGCAGAUUUAUCUGAGGCGUGUCUUUGAUCAUAUAGAAGACCCAGGGGACUCUAACCAAGGUCCUUCGGGGGAGCUGUAUACCUUGAUGGAUCGGCAGCAUCCUUCAGAUCUCACCAUGCGAAAUUACGCCCGGUUUCGACAGAAACCUCUGCAAAGAUACAGCCUGACUCAGUGGGUUGAGAGGAACAAGCGCAGCCACCAUCGGUUUCAGCGUCUUCCAGAUUUCUCAUAUAGUCCAUUUGUCUCCUCUCAUCAGCAGUGAAGAGCUCUCUCUAGCAUCCUGUUCAGAAUAGUAUCUCAUUUUCUUACUUUGUUUUGUUCUUUGUAUAUUUUGAAUUUUAUUUUUCACAAGAUUUUAUUUAAAGAACUUGACUCCUUUUAGAAAUGUCUAUUAUUGGAUUGAAAUUUUUUUAGUAUGAAGACCCUCCUGAUUUUACGUGUCUGUUUAUGUGUGUUUAAGCAGUGUUAAGCUGAUACAGUUUGUUUGUUUUUUUUAAUUGAAGGUGACUACCCCCUUGAAAGCCAGCAUGAAGCCAGAACACCUAGGCUCAAACAGAAUACUCACAUUUAUGCAGAAGUGAAGUCUACUUCUGGUGCCCAAAAGAAACAAAUCAUCUUUUAAUCUUCUGUAAGCAAGAGAUUCUUGGGCCGGGGAUUUAGCUCAGUGGUUCUACUGCUUGCCUCGCAAGCACAAGAUCCCAAGUUCAAUCCCCGGUACCAAAAAAAAAAAACAAACCAAAAACAAGAGAUUCUUUACCAAGCUAUAAGCAAAUGUUAAUUAUCAUGAUGACUUGUGAGUGGAUAUAAGUCACUUUUACCAAACCCUCUUUUAAAUUUGAAUCUCUGACUACCUGUCAGUAUUUUAAAGUUGGUAGUCCAGGUAUUUAAAGUAAGAUGGAGUAGGAGAAAAAUCGUGUUGAAAGGAUAAAUUUAAAAUGUAGGGCCAGGGAUUUAUUUCAGUGGUGCCACCACCUGCCUUGAAAGUGCAAGGUCUGGAGUUUGAUCACUGGUACCAAAAAAAAAAUGUAAACCCUCUACUUUCUAUACUUAUAAAUUACUAUGAUAUUUUUUUUUUCCUGCUCUCUCCCCAGGUAUUGGGGAUUGAUUGCAGGGCUUCAUGCAUGCUAGGCAAGCAUUAUACCACCGAGUGACAUCUCCGGCCCUAUUUUUAUUAUCAUCUUUGGCUUUUCUUCAUUCUCUGUUAAACUUAUUUUGCACAUAGUGUUUACAGAUCUUACACAUCUUAAUUCUGACAGAAUACUGCUGACCAACCCCUGUUGAAUACGUUGUGGUCUUGUGACAGUUGUUUCUGCCCUUCUUCAAGAAUUUUCCUUUUUUUUUUUUUUUUUUGGUUCCCCCCCCAUCCACACCCACAGUGACCACUCUGUUCCCUGGGAAUCUAUAGGCAGUAUUCCUGUAUGUUGUUAGACAUGGAUAUGCCUCUUUAGAAUGGGCUCUUUGCUCUCUUAUUGAAGAGCUGCCCACCCAGACUCUUGACUUGAUGAUAGCCCGGUGCCAUUGAGAUAUUGGUCUUCAGUUUCAUCUGAUGAAGCUUAACUUUUAAGUGAGAGUGUUAGUCAAGGAGCUUCUAACCUCUAGGAGAGACCUUGGAGAGGCACUCUUUAUCUCCAUUAUUGGUUAACAGGUGUCUUUAGACUCUUGAUGUUACUAUCUCCUCAUCAGGGGGUCAUCAGACCCCUGAUGCCUAAUUUCACAUAACUGCUUGAGUGGGUCUGAUAAUAUUGUGAUUGAGUCUGUCCACAAAAGCAUUACCUGAUCUUGAGGUUUGAUAUUCUAACCAAAGCUGACAGACUGUGCACCUGUCUUAAUGGAUGUCUUAAGAGGUUGUACUCUCUCUUUACAUACAGUUUUAGACAUCAUUUUUGGAAGUUUUGCAGUCUGGCAUUCAUGCUGCUGCUAUUUACCCUCUGUGAAAGUUGUUCAUAGUUGUUGUAGCCUCUACCUGGUUUUGUCAUUUCAUCAGCCCCAUCUUUGUAUGUGAGUAACCCGUUUUAAGCAUUAUACCCUACUUGAGAAAAGUUUGGUCAUUCAAGCCUCCAAUAAAUUUGGAUACAUGCCUCUAAGUGUUUAAUGUUUUUAUCCAAGGAUUCUCUUUUCCUUGGACAUUUUGUUUAGAUUCUGGAACUAGAAUGUAAUGGAAAAAUUCCAUUUGAAGGCAGUAGUCAAAAUCUGUUCUUUCAGUUGGCAUAACUGGCAUUUACUUCAUUGGUCACUUCUCCAGGCUGCCCUAAAUUAGCCUGAUGGAGUGAGACAUGCCAGACACCCACCUUUGGGACCAAAACAUAGUUAAAAUUAAAUGUAGCCGGAAUAGCUAGCAUUACAGCUGUCUAAUUCCUCACAGAUAAUCCAAGGAGUGAAGGGACAUUUUGCUUCAGCAAAGAUCUAUGACCUGUGUUCCUGCCUUCCUGGUACAGGAAGGUUUAAACGGAAUGUGUAAUGGGAGGAUUGCCUUUGCCAAAUCAAAUGAGUGACAGGUUAACUAGACAAUGUGACAAUCACAUUUCCUGUUAGCUCAAAUAAUUCUGUUUUUCUAAAGCUUUAGCAGCUUAAUUAAAUCUGUUGAACUGGGGAAGGAGAAAACUGUUCUCUAGUGGUUAACAUGGUAUUCUUCAAGAAGAAAAAACAAAGCCAAAGAAAACUCAUUAUCUGGCAUGUUUGCCUUAAAGAUGGUAGUGGGUAGAAUCUGGAGUUUUAACCUCUUUUCAAAGCUGCCUAUCUCACAUUUGGUGUGGGCCUCUAUGUCUAGUAUUUCAGGUGGAAUUUAACUGUAUUUUUAAAUUUGAGUAAGGGUUUUGUGCAUUUAACUUCCUACCUAGCUUUCUUCAUUCAUAAUGACAUUCUUACCAUGGGGUCUUGACAAAACAGUAAAAUGUGCUGUGUAAAUAGUUUAUUUGUAAUAAAGGCACCUGAUAUAACCUAUAUUUUUUACAUCUAAUACAGACCCUGAUUUACUUGCAUUGUUGUCAGGAUCAAUUAUGAAACUGAAGUUUGGUGCCUCCUCUACUGUGUUUUUUCCCUUGUAGCAGUUGUGUUUAAUGUCAUUAAAAAGAAAUAAAAGUUCUUGUCAGUGGCA